AUGAAGGCGCCUUCUACUCUCCUCCUGCGUGCAAUGCUGCGCCCGCAGCAGCCCUUAUGCCAGCUACGAUCAAAAUCAGAUUGGAUGCCGCGAGAAAAAUAUGCCAAAAUCACGUUACUGGACAAGCUGCAUCGACGGCAGAAACUCGCAGUCCGACAAGAACGCCUGGACAGUGAGCUACGCGCACAGCAGAUGACUUCGCUUCCUUGGUCACAGCAACCAAAGCCUCAACCCUCGACCACUCCCACAGGACACCCACUCUCGUCCCACAUACAAAGAUCUGUUUCCCCGUUCCCAUACCUCAUCUCUCGCACGCCGUCGAAAAACCUCCCCGUCUACGAGACUGCCAAAAACGGUGGAAACAGGCACAUCACAUCAAUCCGCAAGAUCAGUGGAGACAUAGAGGGAUUGGCCGCCGCGGUACGUGAUGCACUGAACCUGCCGGAGCACACCGUCGACGUCAAGGGCCGGAAAAAGGAGACCGUGGUCAUUAACUGGACGACCAAUCAGGUGAUAAUCAGAGGCUGGAGGGCCGCUGAGGUCAAGAAAUGGGCAGAGCUAAGCGGAUUUUGA